UCCGACCCCUCCAGCAACCUGAAGCCGCACCUGAGGAACAAGAACGCCGACAUCCUCACCUCGCCCGACGUGGGGCUCCUAAAACUGGCCUCGCCCGAGCUGGAGCGGCUCAUCAUCCAGUCCAGCAACGGGCUGAUCACCACCACGCCGACCCCCACGCAGUUCCUGUGCCCCAAGAAUGUCACGGACGAGCAGGAGGGGUUCGCCGAGGGCUUCGUGCGGGCCCUGGCCGAGCUGCACAACCAGAACACGCUGCCCAGCGUCACCUCGGCCGCGCAGCCCGUCACCAGCGGGAUGGCACCUGUGUCCUCCAUGGCCGGCAGCACCAGCUUCAACACCAGCCUGCACAGCGAGCCCCCCGUGUACGCCAACCUCAGCAACUUCAACCCCAACGCGCUCAGCUCCGCGCCCAGCUACAACACGAACAGCAUGGGCUACGCGCCCCAGCACCACAUAAACCCACAGAUGCCCGUGCAGCAUCCCCGGCUCCAGGCGCUGAAAGAGGAGCCACAGACUGUACCUGAAAUGCCCGGGGAAACCCCUCCCCUGUCCCCCAUUGACAUGGAAUCACAGGAGAGAAUCAAAGCCGAGAGAAAGCGCAUGAGGAACAGAAUCGCGGCGUCCAAAUGCCGGAAAAGGAAGUUGGAAAGGAUUGCCCGGUUGGAGGAAAAAGUGAAAACUUUGAAAGCCCAGAACUCAGAGCUGGCAUCCACUGCCAACAUGCUCAGAGAACAGGUUGCACAGCUUAAGCAGAAGGUCAUGAACCACGUCAACAGCGGGUGUCAGCUCAUGCUCACACAGCAGUUGCAGACGUUUUGAAGAGACGCUUCAGCGGGAACUGUGAUGUUGUGGUACAACUAAAACGGGCGAAAUCCAAAGCGGCAGAGGCGUAAAGCUGAUGGCAAAGGCUGGAAGGCUGUCCUGCCUGUGCUCUGAAGGCGCAUGUGUGGAAAGACUGGCAAAGCCUUCGGCUGGAGCCGGGAGUGGAGCGGCCGGCGCCGCGCCGGGAAGGGCUAUUCCUGCUCGGAUGAGAUGUCAGAUCUUCGUUUAACAUUGACCAAGACCUGCAUGGACCUAACAUUCGAUGAUCAUUCAGUAUUAAAGGUUAAACUGCAAUAGAAACUGUAGAUUGCUUUAUGUAGUAUUCCUUAAGAAAAAAAAAAAACACAAACAAAGUGGGAGGGAGGUUUGUGGGAGGCUGAUUUAAAAAAAAAAAAGAACUAUUCUGCCUGCCUUCAAGUAAAUUGUGUAUGUACAUAUCUUUUUUUAUUUUAUUUUAUGAAAGUUGAUUAAUGUCAAUAAACUACUUCAUGACUUUGUAAGUUAUUUUUAUGUUGUUUAUUUGGGCACUGCCCAGUAUUGUUUGUAAAUAAGAGGCUUUUUUUUAGCACUCUGAGUUUACCAUUUGUAAUAAAGUAUAAUUUUUUAAUGUUUCUGUUUCUGGAAAAAAUUCUAGAAGGUUCUAUUAUAUUUAAGAAAAAAUAAAAUAAUUAAAAUGUA